AUGAACGAACUUGAAGGACAGGACACUGACAGAGCCACAGACUUCACAUUCCACGCCUACGGUCGAUCCGAGGGCGUUUGUGGAAUCAUCAUUUCCGAUCACGCAUACCCAGCUCUCGUGGCUCACCAGCUGCUCUCCAAAAUCGUCGAUGAGUUCCUCGAGGCCAACCCACGGUCCUCAUGGGUAACGGGACAGCCCAAGCUCGCGAUGCCACAACUGAAGGAGUACAUCGAUAAGUACCAGGACCCGCACCAAGCCGACAACAUCCUUAAGAUCCAGAAGGAGCUGGACGAGACCAAAAUCGUGCUCCACAAGACGAUCGAGAGUGUGCUGCAGCGAGGCGAGAAGAUCGACGACCUGGUCCAGAAGAGUGAUGGACUGAGUUCUCAGUCGAAGAUGUUUUACCAACAAGCAAAGAAGCAGAAUUCGUGCUGCUUGGUCAUGUAA